UUCCAUUCCAUCUUUACCCGCCCAUUUCCUUUCCUGCUCCUUCUCUGCCGCUCGCCGGAACGCCACCACCACUGCUGCAAACUCACGCCGCCAUACCAACAGCGCAGUUCCUUCUUUGUUCACUCGCCGUUGGGGUUCGUUCUAAUUUGAAAUCCUCCCUUAUCCAGGGAUUCCAAAUAGAAACUACAAUAUUUCACAGGAAAAAUGGCAGCAGAAGAUCUUCCAGAAGCAAGAGCAGCCCUCAGCCUCCUCCGCAGUAGACUCUGCAACUCUAGUUUCUAUUUCAAACCUCCAUCGGAUUCUUCUGAUAGCAAUUACAGUAAAUUGAAGUUCAUAAUAUCCAGUUCGGUGACUGAGGCGUGUAAUAAUUCAAUCCUGCUUCUCGGCCCCAGGGGUUCGGGGAAAAUGGCGGUGCUGGAACUUGUUCUACAAGAUCUAUUACUAGAAUAUCCGGAUAUGAUUACCGUGAUAAGGUUGAGUGGUCUUUUGCAUUGUGAUGACAAUGGCGCCUUCAAGGAGAUUGCUAGGCAGCUUUGUUCAGAGUAUCAAUUAUUAUUCUCAAAAAUGGCAUCAUUCGACGACAAUUCCCAGUUUAUGGUAGCUAUGCUACGGGAGUGUGGCUUGGCACAUAAGACAAUUGUUUUUGUACUCGAUGAAUUUGAUCUUUUUGCACAAGGAAAACAACGGUUACUUUAUAGUUUGUUAGAUGCCAUGCAAUCAGUAUCAUCACAAGCUAUUGUUAUUGGCAUCAGUUGUCGAUUGGAUGCUGAUCAGCUACUCGAGAAAAGAGUAAGAUCUCGGUUCUCCCAUAGAAAGCUGUUAUUUCUUCCUCCCUGCAAGGAAAAUGUUGAGAGAUUGCUGGAGCACAUUUUAUCAUUGCCAAUAGACUCAGACCUUCCUCACGACUAUAUUAUCAAAUUUAAUGCAAAGCUUCAUAACAUGUUAGCAAAUGAGAGAUUUAAGAAGGUCAUUAGCACUUAUUUGGACUCUGAUUCGACCGUCAAACAAUUUGUGAGAUAUCUGUUUUGUGCCAUAUCAAAGUUGAACUUGAAAUCUGGGUUGCUGACCGUUGAAAAUUUUGAACAUGCUCUUUCCGAUACUCAGAGGCAGCCAAAGCAGGAAUAUAUAAAAGCAGAUUGUUCCAUAUUGGAGCUCUAUAUUCUGGUAUGUAUGAAAAGGUUGGAAGUUAAGGAGCAGAAUUCGUAUAACUUCAAUUCUGUAAUGAAAGAGUACAAGAGUAUACAUGAUUCAUUCCGGACAUCUGAUUAUUAUUCACGAAGUGUAUGCUUACGGGCUUUUGAGCACCUUCUACAGCGUGAAUUAAUCUGUUUCGCUGACAACCGUGGACAUAAUCAAUCAAUUGAAUUUCGACCAGCCAAGCUGUUAAUAACAGCUCAUGAACUACACCAUGGACUGAAGGCAUAUCGUUCAUGUCCUAGCAUCCUUCAGAAAUUAAUGAAUUAAGGAGGUGAAUUUCAUGCAGCUGAGGUGACUGGAUGGCUGUUUAGAAGCCUCCUCGCAGCGAGUUUUCCAAAGUUUUAAGUAUAUAUAAUACACAUGUAUUUACUUCCACAGAUGUUCUUCAGGGACACCAGACCUUUGUGCUUGUGCCUAAGGCACCACACGACCAAAUCGUUGGAACAAAAAUUUUGAUUGUACUUUAUACUUAAACCCUGUGGAACAAAAAUCCUAGAUUAGUGUCGCUUGUCUAAGUAUAGGUCAACUGCUCAAACCGUUGUAUCAUCGACCUAAGAGUUAGGAGGUUUGGAUCUCCAUAUCCACGUGUCGAACUCAAAAUGUUUAGAUUAGUAGACAUGUCAUCAGAGGAAAGGCGAGACGUUUAAGUUUUAUGUGGUUUGGUUGUGUAAGGUUGUGAUUAAUUACUACUGCAUUAUCACAUGCAUCAAAACUACUCUGUAUUGUGCUAAAGGGUAGUGAAAGUUUUUGGCAGGAUUUUGGUUAUCGCAGCCUUUUAGUAUACUUUGGUCUUUGUGUUUAAUCAUUUUGAAACUUUCAUAUAUUGUAAAUAUUUUUGUA